AGCCGGGAGUCCCAGGGGCGGGGCUCACAGCUCCCCCGGGGGAGGCAGAGGGCGCUUGGCUGGGCCAGGGGGAAGGAAGGAAGGAGCAGGGUUUGCGAGCGCCGAAGCAGCAUGGCUUUUGGGAAAAGCCAGAAAGAUCCCUUCAGCACAGCCGUGGGGCACCUGAUAGAGAGAGCAACGGUUGGUGCGCUGCCCGCUGAGGAGUGGGGUCAGUUUAUGCACAUCUGUGACAUUAUUAACACAACGGAUGAGGGGCCUAAAGAUGCAGUAAAAGCACUAAAGAAAAGGAUUUCCAAAAACUGUAACCAUAAGGAGAUUAGAUUCACCUUGUCUCUUCUCGACAUGUGCGUGAAAAACUGUGGCCCCAGCUUCCAGUCUUUAGUUGUGAAGAAAGACUUCUGCAAGGACAAGCUGGUGAAAUUGCUGCAUCCAAGAUACAAUCUGCCAGCUGAUACACAGGACACAAUCUUGGCCUUUAUCAGGACCUGGGCCUACGGGUUCCAAGGAACCGUGGAUGUGAGUGAAGUGAAGGAAGUGUAUCUGGAACUGCUAAAGAAAGGAGUGCAGUUUCCAUCCUCUGAUGCCAACCCAGGGACACACAAGCAGCGAGCUUCGUCUUGGCCCUCUGAAAAGCCACCGCCUCCUUCUGCUGUCUCUGUGAAAAGUACUCCAGUGCCUCGUCCUUCAGCUCCAACAAUAACAUUGACUUCUGAACAGAUUGGGAAGCUGUACAGCGAAUUGGAUAUGGCGAAAAUGAAUACGAAAGUCAUGUCAGCGAUAUUAACGGAAAAUGUUCCCGGCUCUGAGAAUCUUGACGAUAUGGAGCUCUUACAGAAACUGUACAAGAUAUGUCGGGUGAUGCAGGAAAGGAUCGUGGAACUGCUGGUGGCAGUGGAGAAUGAAGAUGUGAUAGCUGAAUUAAUACAAGCGAAUGAAGAUCUGAAUAACGUCCUCCUGGGCCAUGAAAGUGUUUUUUCAUCAGAGGACCAAAGCAUUCUGCAGAGAUGGGUGACGUUAAUUCAUCCACCUGAAAUACCUGUGAGGUUUUCUCGGAACAGAGUGCGUUUCUUGGAGAAUCAGCGAAUUCAGCAUGAGCAAGCAGAGAUCUAUAGCAAACAACCAUCUGCUCCAUCAUGUGAUCUACUUGACGUCAAUUCAAGUUCAAUUCCUGUGUCAGCAUUGGGGGGAACUGGCCCUGAGACUCCUCAGUUUUCAGAAUUAAAUUGCAGAUCUACAAGUGCUGCAGAUCCAAGCAUCCACCAUCCUUUGCUCUACCCUCAGCUAGAUUUAUUAGCUCUAGCAAACGCUCAACAGCCCUCGUUUGCAACUGGAGCACAAAGCACAAGCCAAAGCAUCCCUGAAGGUCAUAUCUAUAACAACCUUGCCACGCUUUUAAACCCAGUGCCUUUGCAGACUGUAAACCUCCAAACUGUUAAUGCCUCGUCACUGAAUGAGACAACACCAGGUGCAUCACCAGCAGACGUAUCAAAGAGCAGUUCACAGACACCUCAUUAUUAUGAGAUAAUGGAAUUUGAUCCUUUAGCGCCAAGCUACAGCACAGAAGCUAUUUAUGAAGAAAUUGAUGAUUAUAUCUCCAAAUCAGAAGUUAAAAAACAUACAGAUUGCUAAGAGUGGAAGGUGAACUCUCUUAAUGAACACAAAAGUUAUUCUCUGAUGCCAACACUAGAUUGCUUUCUAUAACUGACAAGUGAAUACAAGGAAAACUCGUUUGCUAUUUUGAACAUAGCAACAAAUAAGCAUUGGGGUCUUGUGUUAUCCACUUCCAUGUGUUGUGUUUGGAUCUACUUUCAAUUCUGAUCAUUGACACUUUAUAUAAGCGAAGUAAGGCCCCAAGUCUGCACACACUUAUUUUUCAAGGGGACUAUUAUUGUAUGUGUUUGCAGGAUUGGGUCCUGAAACAAAACUGUCUACAGAAUAAUGCACUCUGCCGCUAACUGUAGCAGAACACAAACAGUCUUCAAUUACAGAGGAAAUCUUUGCUUCAAGAUUAACUAACAUGCUGAACUGCUUUAUUUUUUAUGUAGCAAACAAAAUUAAACUACUAUUCAUCUACAGGAACUGCAUAACUCAAUCUGUUUUUUAGCAUUAGUGCUCUUAGUUGGGCAACUAAUGUGAGUGACACCAUCCAAAAACCUAGGAGGAGUUCUGUAUCUAGGAGCCUCCUAUGUUAGAUCUAUCGACUGUUGUGUGAAUAUACUCACUAUGGAACCCUAUUGCCUUUAUAUUUUGAAUGCAGAUGUUACUUCAUUCUAAAACCUGAUUCAAGUGUCUAUUGUAAAACAAAGGAGAAAAAAACACACCUACAUUUUACACACGCUUUCGUUCAAUGUACAAAUUAAUGUGUUUUGCCUUAAUAAGGACCAACUCUGAGUUGGAGCCUGAGCGCUUUCUUCUGGGCUUGUCAGAAUAGGAAGUUGUUUUUUGUUUUGUUUUUUAAACCUCUCUGCUUACUUGUAUCACACCACAUCCUCACUUUUAAUUUUAAUGUGCCUCUUUAAAAACUGGAUAUGAACCCAUCAACACUUUCCUAAGUGUUGUUUUUAUUUUUCAGAGUUUUUAAUCCUAUAAGGAAAAAAAUAUAUCUGUAGUGAUGGAAGAAGAGCAAUAUAGAGAAGUUAUUUGGUUGUCAAAUUAUUUUAAGUAAGUACCUUAGCAUUAAAAAGUGCUACUUUUAUUAGCAAGGUUAAAGUGCCUUCCAUAUUUAUGUUGAAUGUAAAAUUUGCACUUUCAUGAAAGACAUAAUAGUGCUCUGAAUUGAAAGUUGUGAUAUAAAACUUAAAUAGGUUUUUGUGGCUGGCAAGUCAGAUUAAGAUUUUUUUAAUAUGUGUGUUUAAAGUUAAAUUUUAUUAUUUUAACUUCAAAAAUGUAAGCAAUAUUAAAUUAUAUUAAGUUCUCCAAC